GCUAACUAGCAARCCAAACCGGCUUUUGACAAAUAUUUCCUAUAACAAAUAAUUUGUGGGUGCAAACCUAAUUUCAGGUUAAUACAUAGGAAACGGACAUUAUUGAUGUUGCAUACUGAAUAGGCGAUGUUUAUGAAACCUGGCACCAUCYAUGUAUACCCCAUCUACGGCAUCUACCUCAGUAUGAAUGUUUCCAGUCAAGGGGAGGGUGCUGCCGUGCUUCUGCGCACUCUGGAGCCUCUACAUGGCCUGCCUCUGAUGAAGCAGCUGCGGAUAGCCAGGCGGAGGGAGGGGGCCCGGCCCCUGAAGGACAAGGAGCUAUGCAAUGGUCCCUCAAAGCUGUGCCAGGCCCUGGCCAUACCACGCUGCUUCGACCGGAGAGACCUAGCCUCAGACCCAGAGGUGUGGCUGGAGAGGGACACCCAGAUAGGCCCGCAAGAGCCAGACCUCAGGGAGGGGGUCUCAGCAAGCCGGAUCGGCAUUGACUCUCAUGGGGAAUGGGCCAUCAAACCCGUGCGCUUCUAUCUGCGUGGUCACCACUGUGUGAGUGUAGUGGACAAACAGGCWGAGACACAGACUCACUCACUGGCCAACAAUGUGAUAUCAGACUUUGCGUCCUCCACAGUGGACGUAUGUGAUGGUGACACAGGACAGUGUUGAAACUGGGAAUAUUUUUGGAAUUGUA